AUGCCACUCACUUCCCCAAAUCGUUCUUCGGGGCUCGAUUUUUCGGAUGGCAACCCUCCAGCCGCGCUGGUACCACAGGACAUUACGUCUCCCCCAGUCCGAUCCUUUUCUUCAGCUUCCCGCAAUAAAGCAGAGCGUGCGCGUCUCCAGGGCCUCCAACUUCCAUCCACACCUCCCGUCAACGACCGUUUUCGUCAUGAUCCCACCCGCAAAAUCAAGCUGACUGAGCGAAUAAGCCUUUGGAUGAUAAACGAGGGCCGCCAGAAAGUCUUCUUUGCCGUCUUUCUGCUGCUGCACCUCCUUGUCGCUAUAUUUGGCUUCGUCCAUUAUGGGCUGAAGGACAACCUCAAGAAUGCAAGAGCCACGUUUGGCAUCACCUACACAAUCGCUCGGGCAACUGCUCUGGUCCUGCAUAUCGAUGUCAUCUUCAUCCUUCUUCCCGUUUGCCGAAACUUCAUCACUGUCCUGCGACGCACACCAUUGGGAGAUGUCAUUCCUUUCCACAAGAACAUAACCCUCCACAAGGCGACCGGAUGGGCUAUUCUCAUCGGUUCUGUCGUCCACGUUCUUGCACAUCUGGUGAAUUUAUUCAAGUUGACAAUGGCGGAUACCUCAGCAACAACCACUGGUGCUCGGAUUGCUUUCUUCAUCACGGCCAAUUUUGUGAUUGGGCCACUCAUUACGGGCUGGCUCAUGCUUAUAUGCCUCGGUGUUAUGGUCUACUUCAGCACCGAGAAGCGUCGAACAAGGAAGAAUGGCGGAUUCGAAAGGUUCUGGUAUACCCACCACCUCUUCGUCCCCUUCUUCAUCUUGUGGCAAUUCCACGGCAUGUUUUGUAUGAUCAAACCGGAUCGCCCGCCUUUUUGUUCUUGGAACACCAUUGGCGUUUUUUGGCGUUACUGGAUUGUCGGUGGCCUCAUUUGGAUAUCGGAGCGCAUUCUUCGGGAGGUUCGCUCUCGUCAUGUCACCUACAUCUCGAAAGUCAUUCAACAUCCAUCGGACGUGAUGGAGCUCCAAAUCAAGAAGGAAAAAACGACUACCCGCGCUGGCCAGUACAUCUUCAUUAACUGCCCGGAGAUCUCGUACUUCCAAUGGCACCCCUUCACGUUGACGAGCGCCCCAGAGGAGGAUUAUAUCUCCGUUCACAUUCGUGUCACUGGCGACUUUACCCGGGCGCUGGCUAAAUCAGUUGGCUGUGAUUUUGAAGGGGCCAAGACUAAAGCUGCUGCUGCUGUGUCAGAAAAGGGCAAGGAGGCCGAAGCCACUGUUGUCGCUGCUGCUGCGAACCCAAGACUCAAUCGCGUUCUCCCCCGGAUUAUGGUAGAUGGUCCGUUUGGGAGUUCGUCUGAAGAUUUCUUGAAUUUCGAGACGGUUCUUCUUGUCGGUGCUGGUAUUGGCGUUACUCCGUUUGCAUCCAUCCUCAAGUCAAUCUGGUACCGCAUGCAGAACUUCAGCGACGCCAAGAAAACGCGCCUGUCAAAGGUCUACUUUACCUGGGUCAUACGCGACUUUGGCACAGCCGAAUGGUUCCAUUCGUUACUCCGAGCCAUCGAAGAGCAAGACUCGCAAAGCAAGAUUGAGAUCAACAUCUACCUGACUGGCCCUAUUCAAGUUGAAGACGUCAACAACAUUGUCGUCCAUGACGUUGGGGCGGAGAAGGAUGCGAUCACUUCGCUGCGUGCCCCCACCCAUUACGGGCGGCCGAAUUGGGAAAAGGUCUUCAAGUCGCUGGGCGACAAGCACUCGCAAUCCGACAUUGGCGUGUUCUAUUGCGGCCCCAAAGCCCUCGCCUCCACCUUGCGCUACCAGUGCAACAAGAACUCGGAUGCCCGUGGUGCGCGGUUCUUCUUCGGGAAAGAGAACUUCUGA